AUGUCGACCAAGGGACACGACGACAUUGCCGCCGUCCACGGCGAGAACAUCCUUCAACGCACUGAGACCGCAGACAGCGUCAUGAUGCCCGUGCCACGCGACGUCUUUGAGAAACUCUACCUGAAUCCGAAGCCCCCUGGAUCCGGUCGGCUGUACCGCACCUUUGCGAACCCAACGCCCGUGGCGCUCAUGGGGUUCCUGCUCUCCGCGUUCCCAACCGGGUGCAUCUUGCUGGGAUGGAGAGGCUCCGGGGGAAACGGCGCAGCCAUUUUGCCGGUCUACAUCUUUUACGGCGGCAUUGUCCAAAUGGUGGCGGCGGUGGGCGAAUGGAUCAUUGGCAACACAUUUUCCUGCACCAUCUUCUUCACCUAUAGUACCUUCUGGCUCGUCCACGGUUGUUCCAUGAUUCCAUGGUUCGGUGUUGGAGUCAAUUACUCUCCGACAGGGGACAAUCUCGAUGGUCAAGCGACGCCCGAGUUUUUCGCCACUACAGGGUUUUUCUUUGUCUUUCUGGGAUUGGUGUCCUUGGUCUACCUGGUCGGCGCGCUGCGGACGAAUCUUUGCCUUGUCUUUGGACUCGUCACCUUGAUUCUCGACGUCGGUUUCUUCACCGGGAUAUACUUCAACUUCGCUCUCGGAGAUCUCAGUGCGGCGGCGCGUUGCCAGAAGGCUGCUGGCGUCCUCACCUUUAUAAUCUGCUUCCCUCUGGGAUGGUUGUUCAUGGCCGAGAUUCUCGAAGCCGUCGAUUUCCCUCUUGUGGUUCCCGUGGGCGAUCUGAGUCGGAGGUUCCGUGGCCGCAAUCAGAGGCACCGCAAUCAUGCUGGUGAACCGUAG